UGCUCCACCCAAUAUUUUUGCAGGUAAGACAUUUUUUGGCCUUUGGGUGUGUAGCUUUGUCUUUCUGCUUUGUUGGAGUUAGGACAGGAAAAGGGAAGUAUAAUAGGAUCACUCUUAACGCUGAAGUGUAUACGUGACAUCGAAAUUACAUGUGUAAUCUUGUCUCCGGAUAAGCGCGUCAAUCAUCAUCAUCAUCCUACAUUAUUUUUUAUAGACAGUCUUGCGGUAAAGCCAAUAAUCAACGUAGCAGCAACUCUUCUCAUCAUGUCCAGCAUGUCCUUAAGCAAGAGCAGUAGUAAGUUACUGUCUCCGAGGCCUUCGAAAAAGGAGAAAGACUCCGUUCCCAACCAGACCGACAUAAAUAACCUAGCUCUUGAUACACCAGUUCUGAAAGGCUACAUGUAUAAGAAAUCUCACCAUUCCUUCGAUUCUUUCAACAAGAGAUAUUUUGCACUCUACAGCGGCUGCUUAGUCUAUUAUAGAAAGGAGGACGAGUAUAAGAAGGAUCUAGGGAAUCACUCGCUUAAAAACAGAGCUGGUUACAUUACUCUUAACAGAGUAUAUUUAUCAAAGCCUGAUAAGAAACCACAAGGCGGCAGAUAUUGCUUUGUCCUCCAUACUCCUGACCCAGCAAAUGCAAGAAGAGAGACACUCCUAGUUUGUAAGACAAGAGAGGAGAGGGCCCAAUGGAUGGUACAGAUACAAGCACAAAAUCCUCACCUCAUUGCUCCUGGACAAAGAAUAGCUCCAGACACCCCGAUACCAGAGAGAAGGAGGGCCCACUCUGUCCCCAGUAACUCCGCCAUGAUGCUCGAGGUUCUUCCUAAUACAUUGUCUAGCACUCCGAGUUUUGACGAGGUAGCGCUUAAAGUUGAAGACGGUGACAGCGAUCGUGAGUCUGGCGGAGUAGAGAAAGAUGGCGACGAAGAAGAAGAAGAAGAUAAUGAUGUCUGUGUUUUAAGUUUUGAUGUUCCUGAAACUGGCGACAUACAGCUUGAAGUUCCCUCAACCCCUCCUGUCACUGUCACAUGAUUCUCACAUGACUAGUUGCACUUUAAGUUCAUUCAUGCAUCUCAUUUUAAUGUUCAUCGCUGCUUGAUAUACAAUAACUGUAUUAUUAUCAUUAUUAUUAUUAUUAUUAUUAUUAUUGCUAUUGCUAUUAUCAUUUUUGCUUCAUUCUUCAUCUGACAACUCCAUUAUCAUCUAAUACAGUUUUUUACAAUAGAAAUUAUUUUAAUGUAA